GGACAUCCGUUUAUAACCGUCGCUGAGCGGCGGCCAUUUUGUUGUAGCUCACACCCGUGGCGCAGACGCAGUGGUCGGAGUGAGAGGUCCAGUUGACGGCUACACAUGGGGUACCAACCUGUGGGGGCGGUAUAGCAGCUGGGGGAGGGUGCCCAGGCUGAGGUUUCUGUGAGGUCGCCAUGGCUUGUAUGUUUUGCGUACGUCUACGCCUCUUCGCCCUUCAUCACCCGCCACUUGUGAUGUUCCUCCUGUGCACGCUGGCGCUCGCCGCCACUUUCCUGUGCUUCGGAGUCUACAUCCGCACGUAUCCAGUAAAGGACGCCGACUUCACCAAGGAUUUUGACACUGUCCUGCAGAUGCUGAGUGCGGCCGCCAUCUGUCCGCAGAGGAACGUCAGCGCUACGGACGUCUCCCCAUAUCCGGUUCAGGGAUCGCCCGUCAGUCUGGCCUCAGAUAUAGGCAGUCUGUCCGUUCUGGUCAGCGUAACUCUUUCUCCAUGGCAACCAUCAGCCAAUGGCAGUGGCCUGCAGAUAAGUGCUACAGCCAGUCAGCUCGGGAUGAAAGGUCCAGUCACAGACCCCCAUCUGCUCCUCACAGUGUCCUCCAGCUGGUGGUCCGCACAGUGUAACAACAGUGAUCCCAAGUGUUCUGGAAAGUUCUGUGUUACAGUCACUGGCCCGCAGUCCGCUCUGCCCCUGAGCUGGUCGCACUAUCAAUGUUCUGCACCAAACCCCAGUGGACACAAACUCCUGCAAGAAGUGUAUGUGAUGGAGGGAGGAAGCGGCACCUCCAAGUGUUAUCGUUUACAUUAUAUUGGGGAUCCAGACUUGAAAGCAAAAAUGUCUCAGGAGGAUUCCUUCACAUGCUCUAGUCGCCUGCUGAUUGCCAUGUCAGUCUGCCUCCUGGUCGCGCUCAUGCUUUUUGUGGGCAGCGCCUGCUGUAUCCAUCCCACCAAGGACAAGAGGACACCUGGAGCGCUGUGACUGGGGCCCCCUUCCUGAUCUGCCUAUGGACAUUGUAAUAAAAUCUUUAUCCUCCUUAAA